UCUGCAUUCUCCUCUUUUAUUCGUGUGGGAAGCUCAGUGAAUGCGGCUGCAGAAGGAGCCAGCAUACUUAUGCGCCUGACACGGAUACUGUUCUGUCUUACAGGAGGAAGAAACACAAGCUCGGUUUCCUCUCUUCCAGCAGCAGCAGCUGCGUCCGUUUCGUUUCCAACUGGAUAUUUUUUUUGGCUUUAAAAGAAAAAAAGAAAGAAAGAAAAGAAAGAAAGAAACAACCCCCACCCCCCUCCCUCCAACGUUUCUUCUCCAAGUUCAUUUUUAAUUACAUUUUGUUAUGUGUGGACCGAUGGAAGCGGGAGAAAGCGCGGAGUUUCCAGCUCCACACUCACACCGCAGCGGACUAAAGGCUGAAUAACUGCAUUAUUCAUUUUUACGCACCGGUUUCUGUUGUCCCGACUUGUCUCUCUUGUUUCUCUCCGUGCUUUCCGUUUUUUUUUCCUAGUAAGGAGAAGGAGCUUCGACACCACCAUAUCCAUUCUCUAAACAUCCGUGUGUUUUUUUUUUUUUUUUGGUUAAUUUCCCCUCCCGUUGGAUGGAGACCGAAAUGAGCAUCUCUUCUGCCGCUGCGUGCAGAUAAACUGAAAAAGAGAAAACAACUGUUCUCCACGGAUUUAUGCUGCCUCGAUGGAGAAUAAUAUACUGAUACACAUAACCUGAUGGAAGCGUACUGGCUGCUUUUGCCCUCUGAAGCAGUAUCCCAGUGCACAACUUCGCUCGAAACAAAACCAGUUUUUAUUCGUUGGGUCGUUGGGGGUUUGUGAGCCGAGCUGAAGCCAGGCGCACAGCGUUGGCCAUCCUCUCUCUCUCCCACCUUUCUGUCCUCUACUCUGCUCAUCUUCCUCCUCCAGUUUUUCCCCCUUUAAAAAAACUCUAAGAAUGACGGACUUAUUCCACCGCAUCACCGACCACCUUACGCCUUUUUUCACGCCUUGGAGUUGCCGGACGCGCCGUCAAGAUCUCUAAAAAAAAAAAAAAGCUGUCUGCCUCUCCCUUUCUCUCCGACUCUGUCUUUCUCUCUCUCUCUCUUUUUCUCUCUUUCCUUUCUCCCAGUCUCUCUUUAUCUCUCUCUCUGAAUCUCCUGCAACCCAAAUGAAUGCUCUCCCAUGGAGGUAGUACAACCACCUUGGGGACCGAACGACCAGAGGGGUGAUUUUUCCAAGCAAGAGGAGCCCGUCAGUAAGAGACGCAUCGGGUGAAAUCGGAGCCACCACCACCGCCACCCCCCCCACCCACCCCCACCUCUUCCUUUCUUCUCCAUCUCCACCGCACCCCCCUCCUCCUCCUCCUCCUCCUUUCCAGUUUUGCCUGGCUCUGGGUUGAUAUACAGUAAGCCUGCAUGGGGAUAUAGGGGCUGGAGAGAAAACCUUGUUGCGCCCCUAGAACUGUCUACUGCUCUACUUCAGCUGGGAGGACCGUUUGCGCACGUCUCCAUCCAUGUCUCACCAACGCUGCCCCGUGUCUCCAGAGGGAGCCGCAUUCGGUACCACUUCAGCUUUGGGUUACUAAAUGGUUUUCUGGGGGAGGAUUUCUAACUGGCGAGAUGCUGCUCGUACUCCUGCUGGCAGCCUUUUCUUCUACCAUCUCCGGCUCCUUCUCCUCCUCCCUCUCCUCCCCCUCCAUGUCGGACGGACCCCAGAUGGCAGAUCCGUCCGCCUCGGACUUGAUGGCCGAGACCUGCAGCGCCUGCUCCUGCAUGUCGGUGGAAAACGUGCUGUACGUCAACUGCGAGAAGAUCACUGUGUAUCGACCCACGCAGCUCAUACCGCCGGCCUCGUCCCUCUACCACCUGAACUUUCAGAACAACUUCUUGAUCAUACUCUACCCGAACUCGUUCCUCAACUUCACCCAUGCUGUGUCACUGCAGCUCGGGAACAAUAAACUGCAGAACAUUGAAGGCGGCGCGUUCCUGGGGAUGAGCGCGUUGAAACAGCUGCACCUGAACAAUAAUGAGUUAAAGGUGCUGCGAGCAGACACUUUCCAAGGGAUAGAAAACUUGGAAUACCUUCAGGCUGACUACAACUUGAUAAAAUACAUUGAAAAGGGGGCAUUUAACAAACUGCACAAGCUGAAAGUGCUCAUCCUGAAUGAUAAUCUCAUACAGGCACUUCCUGACAACAUAUUUCGCUUUGCCUCGCUCACACAUCUGGAUAUAAGAGGGAACAGGAUCCAGAAGCUUCCUUAUUUGGGAGUUCUGGAGCAUAUCGGGCGUAUUGUAGAGCUGCAGCUGGAUGACAACCCCUGGAAUUGUACCUGUGAUUUAGCACCUCUCAAGGCAUGGCUUGAAAACAUGCCCUAUAACAUUUUUAUCGGUGAGGCCAUAUGUGAAACACCAAGUGACUUGUACGGGAGGCUCCUGAAAGAAACCAACAAACAGGAGCUUUGCCCCAUGGGAACGGGAAGUGACUUUGAUGUUAGGAUGCCUCCUGUACCGCCUGACAAUGGGCAGUCACCUUCCAAAAUGUCCCCAACCACCAUGGUUCCUAUAGCCACAAAAGCGCCAAAAACCACUGACUCAUCUAAGAUUUACGGAAAUGGUAUUGUGGCUGGUUUACCACCUUUUGGAAGAAAUAGCCAGAUUGUUUCCUUUCAGACACGGACUCCUCCACUGUUGUGUCCACAACCUUGCAGCUGUAAAGCCCACCCCUCUGACUUUGGCAUCAGCGUCAGCUGUCAGGAGAGGAGUAUUAAAAAUUUAGCCGAUCUCAUCCCCAAACCCCCAAAUGCCAAGAAACUUCAUCUGAGUGGAAAUUACAUCAGAGACAUUAGCCCAGCUGAUUUCCAAGGGUUUGAGGGUUUAGAUCUGCUACAUCUCGGCAGCAAUCAAAUUGUCACAGUCCAGAAAGGUGUGUUUGCUAACCUCACUAACCUGAGGAGACUGUACCUGAAUGGAAACCAGCUAGAACAGUUACACCCAGAGAUGUUUUUGGGCCUCUCAAACCUGCAGUACCUAUAUUUGGAAUACAAUGCCAUAAAAGAAAUCUUAGCAGGCACCUUUGACUCCAUGCCGAACCUACAACUCCUGUAUCUCAACAACAACGUCCUGAGGAGUCUCCCCGCCUACGUGUUUGCGGGUGUCUCUUUAGCCAGACUGAAUCUGAAAAACAACCACUUCAUGACCCUGCCAGUGAGUGGUGUCUUGGACCAGCUGCGAUCGUUGACCCAGAUAGACCUGGAAGGGAACCCGUGGGAGUGUUCCUGCGAUCUUGUCGCCCUCAAACUCUGGCUAGAGAAGCUUAGUGAUGGAGUGGCUGCCAAAGAGGUGAAAUGUGCCUCCCCUGUGCAGUUCUCCAACAUAGAGCUGCGCCUCUUGAAAAAUGAGAUCCUGUGUCCUAAGCUUGUUGCAAGACCGCCGUUUAUUCUGACUGACACCAACCCCGUUACGACCACAGCGUCGCCUGCCGGAGUCGGCAAAGCACCACCGGGAGGUCCCGUGCCUCUCUCCAUCAUGAUCCUCAGUAUCCUCGUAGUUCUUAUCCUCACUGUGUUCGUGGCCUUUUGCCUUCUAGUCUUUGUCCUGAGGCGGAAUAAAAAACCAGCGGGCAGGCAGGAGGGGCUUGGGAAUCAGGAGUGUGGCUCCAUGUCGUUGCAGCUCCGCAGGCACAGCCACAAAUCUGGCAAGAAAGGCUCCAUCCCAGGAGACGACUUGGGAGGCGAGACAUUCAUCCCCCAGACCAUUGAGCACAUUGGCAAGAGCCACACCUGUGGGAUCGGACGCUCCUCAGACAUGGAUGCUGGGUUCAAGUUUGCAGACUCGCAGAGGCAGAAGAUCAUCCUCCGGAACAGCGCUGACAAGGAUAAAGACUCACUUUCCACCCUGGAGCGCAACAAACGCCUCAGCACCAUAGACGAACUUGAGGAGUUCCUCCCCCACCGAGAGCCCAGCAUGUUCAUCCAGAACUUUCUGGACAGCAAAAGAGAUUUCAACAGUAUAGGGAUGGGUGGGUACGAAAUCCGUUACCCGGAGAAAACGCUGGAUAAAAAGAUGAAGAAGUCGUCGCUGAUAGGCGGGAACCACAGUAAGAUCGUGGUGGAGCAAAGAAAAAGUGAGUAUUACGAGUUGAAAGCCAAGCUCCAAGGAACGCCUGAUUACCUGCAGGUGCUCGAGGAGCAGACUGCACUGAGUAAAAUGUAGGGAUUGUUGCGUUUGAUUUAGUGCAUUGAUUACACACACACACACACACACACACACACACACACACGCACACACACACACACACAUACACACACAUACACGAGGGAGUCAGACAGACACAGGCAGAUAGACAGCCAAACACAUCUGCCUUACUCUGGUUCUUUCUGACCACACACACACACACACACACACACACACACACCAUUCAACCACCCAGAUCUCUUGCUUUCUGUCUUCAUCUCCCUCUCUGCAGCCACACACACAUGCACACACACACACACACACAAUCCCACACACAGCAAAAAAGUGCCUUCUGGAAAUCCUUAAUGACCAAUGCAGAGAUGGACAAAAUGGCUCCACACUACAAAAAGCUAUUACUAGAAUCAGCGUGGAUCUAUUUCACAGUAAAAGACCUUUUGGAUUAUCCAUGCCACUACAUGUAUGAAUACAUACAUACCACAGGACACCCUAAAAAGCAACCAGACAGUCAUAGUCUUUUUUGCUGCUAUUGAAAUGGGUACUUAUCUUCUUCUUUUUUUUUUUUUGUUCUUCUUGUUGUUCUUUUUUUCUCCUCCUUUUGUUUUUUUGUUUUUUUCCCAACCAAAUCAAAAGGGUCUUGAAAACAGUGCUUGAGAAUAUACCUCGCCGUCUUCAACCCUCAUUUAAAAA